CAAAUAAAAAAAUAAAAUUUCAUUUUUAUACAAUUUAACAACAACGACAACAGUUUAAACAAAAUGAGCAAACUCUUGACAUCCGCUGACAUCGAAGACGGUAAAGUCGAGGUUGACCCAGUCACCAAGGCUCGCACUGAAUACAAAGUUAUCGAUGGCGGUUAUGAGGUACGCACCAUCACCCCCCAGCCGAAUGGCACCUUGAAAACCUCCGUGCGCACUUUCUGGGAUCCCAAGCCCGUCAGCGAAGAGGAUGCAAAGCGUGAGGCGCAAAAUAAGCUGGAGAUCCGUAAGCGCUUCGGCAAGGAGGUACGCAUCGACAAAAAUACAACUAUGCUGACACGCGAAAUCGAAGGUGGUUACGAAGAAGUCUACACCACCAUCAAUGAUGAUGGCUCACGCAGCAUGCGCACUAAGACUUUCUUCGAUUCAGUGCCAGCUGAGUUGCCCGACGACUACAAGGUGCCUGCCGUCGACAAGAAUAAGAAGAAGGCGGCUUUGGUGAAGAAAUCUUCGGUGGACUCGACCGAUUCAACUGAAUCGCGUCGUAUUGUACAACGUACCGACCAACAACAGGGUAACUUCAAGCAACACACCACUGUGGAGGAGUCACGUCGUUUCUCGCAGAGCACUGAGAUCACCGAAAACAAUCGUACUGUACGCAAGAACUCCGUACAAGAACAAAAUAUCAAACAAAUUACCUCUUCGACUGGCAGUGCUGCUGAUACUAAGGACAAGAAGAAGACCAAGAAGACCAAGUCUAACAUACCACCACCACCACCAGAUUUCAUUGAGAAUGAUACCACCACUGUCAGCUCAAAGCGUGUGCCACAUGGCGUUGAGUAUACCUACUCUACUAAAUUGGAAUCGGGCAAAACUAUCACCACUUCGAAGACGGUGUACGAAGAAGAAGAGGCCGAAUUGACUGAAGAAGAGAUACGCGCUUAUAAAAAGACCUUAAAAGAUGCUGAGAAGCACAAGAAUGUUACGUCCACAAAGAAACUGCGAUCUGAAUCGGGUACCAAGAAGAUUGUACCAUCUGAGAAUCCCGGUGAUGUAACUACCGUUGAGACUAUCAAGAUUGAAGGUGGCACCGAAUAUCAUUACACCACUGUCACCGCUGAGGGUAUCGUCAAGAAGGCCGUCAAGACUGUUUACGAUCCAGUGGCCAGCAAUGGUGGCGAAGAGAGCGAGGAAGAGAUCGUGGAGGAGUACGAAGAGGAGAUCAUUGAGCCCGGUGAGAAGAACGUGCGCACCAUUGAGACCGUGAAGCAAUUGCCAAAGAAGUUCGAAGAGGAGGUCACCGUUACCCAUUCGAAGACCGAGAAAAAGGUAAAGAAGUCCAUGAUGAUCAGCCACUAAACUGCUAAACGCUGUAGAGCUUCGCUGCAAGAGCGGAUGAAUGUGUGGAGCGCAAAUUUGCUACAUUAUCAGUUUUAAUAAUACAGGGUGCCUAAACCAUUUUUUUUAUAAAAAGCAACAGCAACUCAUUUUCAAAUUACAUAAAACACACAUACAAACACACGCUCGCAUUUCGACACCAUACUCAUGCACUUGUUUGCAACGGCACAAUAAUACAAUUGCAAUGCAAAAAAAAAAAAAUAAAAAAAAUAAUAAUUUUAAAUGAUGUUGAAAGGAAGUCAAAAUCAGUUACAUUUAAAAUUAAGCAAUUUUUCUAAAACAAUUUUUGGUUUGAUUCAAAAUUAUACGUUUCUCGCCUCACUUUUCCAUUUCACAUUUCAGAGUCCGGUUGUAUCAAUUGUUGCCGGUUUUAUACCAAUUUUCGUAAGCCUUGUUCUAAAUUAUUUCACUAGUUAUCUCGUUCCUUAAUCGAAUUUGCUGAAAAUGCACAAAAUCAUAUAUUUUGUACUGAAUUAAUAAAAUAUUAUUGUAAUUUUACUUUUACUUUUGUGAAACGCAGAUAAAUUCAUUUGUAUUAAUAAAGAGUUAUUGAAUUUGAAGAAAAAGAUAAAGAAAUGUAUAGAAUAUA